AUGAAGCUCUUAGUAUUAUUUAAAUCAGCUGUAUUCUUUACUGCCUCUGCGUUUGCUCAAAACGAUGGAGAUUUCUCUCCUCCUAGUUAUCCAUCUCCAUGGAUGAAUGGCAAUGGUGAUUGGGCAGAUGCAUACGCCAAAGCAAAGAAAUUUGUUAGCCAGCUUACUCUCCUUGAGAAAGUUAACCUUACCACCGGUGUUGGUUGGGAAGGUGAAUCUUGUGUAGGAAAUACUGGCACAAUUCCACGACUUGGUUUCCCAGGACUUUGCCUACAAGAUUCUCCUCUCGGCAUUCGAUUUACUGAUCAGAAUUCCGCUUUCCCUGCUGGAAUGAAUGCUGCUGCAACAUGGAGUUAUGACUUGAUUAAUGCUCGAGGUAUUGCUAUGGGCCAGGAACAUCGAGGAAAAGGCAUUGAUGUUCAAUUGGGCCCUGUAGCUGGUCCAAUUGGAAGAGUACCAGCAGGUGGAAGAAAUUGGGAAGGUUUCAGCCCAGACCCUGUUCUUACAGGAGUUAGUAUGAUGGCAACAAUUGAAGGAAUUCAGGAUGCUGGAGUCGUCGCUUGCGCUAAGCAUUAUAUUAUGAAUGAGCAAGAACAUUUCAGAGAACCUAGCAACGGAAAUGCUGCAUUAUCCGCAAACGUGGAUGACAAGACCAUGCAUGAACUUUAUUUAUGGCCAUUUGCAGAUGCUGUUCGCGCAGGAGCUGGUGCCGUCAUGUGUUCAUACAAUCGUAUCAAUCAAAGUUACGGUUCAGAGAAUAGUUGGACUCUCAAUUACUUGUUGAAAAAUGAAUUGGACUUCCAAGGUUUUGUUGUAAGUGACUGGUGGGCACAGCAUUCUGGAGUUGCUAGUGCAUUGGCCGGACUCGACAUGACAAUGGCCGGAGAUCAAAAUCUUGCUUCAGGUAACACUUACUGGGGAACUAAUUUGACCAAUGCCGUGUUGAAUGGAACCAUUCCUCAAUGGCGUCUUGAUGACAUGGUUGUUCGAAUCAUGUCUGCAUACUACAAAGUUGGCAGAGAUACAGCAAAAGUUCCAGUGAACUUCAAUUCUUGGAAUCUCAGUACCUAUGGUUAUCAGCAUCCUCAGGCUAACGAAGACUUCGCCCAAAUUAACCAACAUGUUAAUGUGCAAGGUGAUCAUGCUCCGCUCAUCCGCGAAAUUGGUGCCAAGUCGACUGUUCUAUUGAAGAACACCAAAGGUGCACUGCCAUUGAAAAAUCCAAAAACAUUGGCUAUUAUUGGAGAAGAUGCCCAUGAUAACCCAGGUGGCCCAAAUGCUUGUGGAGAUCGAGGGUGCAAUAUUGGCACGCUUGCAAUGGGUUGGGGUUCUGGCACUGCAAACUUUCCUUAUUUGAUAUCUCCAGUCACAGCAUUGAAAGCUAAGGCAGGAGAAGGAUAUGGUCAUAGUUCCACCACCGUUAGAAACGUCAGCGACAAUUACGAUUUCGCCGCUAUCACUGCAGCCGCAACAAAUGCUGAUGUCGCCUUAGUCUUCGCCAAUGCAAAUGGUGGAGAAGCUUUCAUUACCGUCGAUGGUAACCAAGGAGACAGAAAUAAUCUCACAUUAUGGGGUAAUGGAGAUGCUGUUAUUGAUCUUGUUGCAUCCAUCAACAAAAAUACGAUUAUUGUCCUUCACACAAUCGGACCCGUUAUUAUUGAGGCAUACAAGAAUCAUCCCAAUGUGACUGCCAUUCUGUGGGCUGGUCUACCUGGUCAAGAAUCAGGAAACUCAAUUACGGACGUCUUAUACGGUGAAGUAAACCCACAAGCAAAAUCUAUCUUCACAUGGGGAAAGUCUCGGGAAGAUUGGGGUGUAGAUGUCGAUUACACCAUCUCCUCUCCAGACCCACAGCAGAACUACAAGGAAGGUGUAUUCAUUGACUAUCGUCACUUCGACGCCAAAAAUAUCGAGCCAUCCUACGAAUUCGGUUUCGGUCUUUCAUAUACCACAUUCUCAUACUCUGACUUGCGCAUUCAAAGCAAGCGUGCUCGCCCUUACACACCCACCAAAGGACAAACAUCAUCAGCUCCAACAUUUGGCAAAAUUAAUUACAAUGCAUCGGCUGCCCAAUUCCCACCAGGAUUCCACAAGGUUCCUCUUUAUGUAUAUCCUUAUCUUGAUGGUCCUGUGGUCGCAAAUCAAAGCGAUCAAACCCUUCCUCAUUCAAAGGAUAGCACCCCACAACCUCUUCUCGCUGCUGGUGGUGAACCAGGUGGUAAUCCAGGCUUGUAUGAUGUGCUUUAUACUGUUACUGCUACAAUCAAGAAUACAGGCAAAAUCGUUGGGACCGAAAUUCCACAACUUUACAUAUCCCUCGGCGGACCCACCGACCCCAAGAUCGUCCUCCGCGGCUUCGACGACAUGGAGCUCGAACCCCGCGAAUCCGACACCUUCAGAUACGGCAUCACGAGACGUGAUAUCAGUAACUGGGAUCCGGUAACCCAAAAUUGGUUUAUCAGCGAAUAUCCCAAGACGGUGUAUGUAGGAAGCUCGAGUAGGAAUUUGGUGCUUAGUGGAACGUUGCAGUGA